UCAGGAAGCUUGGGUCUCCCUGGGAGCGGGUCUGCCCUUGGGGGAGGCCUCUCGGCUUUGUGCCCUGCAGCUUGGCUGACACUCGGGGCGGACCAAAGAGGGGCUGGGCGCCCCCCGCGCGCACGUGUGCUAGCCCAGGCAGGAGGGAGCGCCUCCGCGGAGGAGUGCAGAAAGGGGGAAGGAGACGCGCGCCAGAAUCUCGGUCCCGGGCGCCCUGGUCGGCCGCGGAGGAGCUGCAGCCUCCAACAGGAAGCUGUACAUCCCUGGCGUACCUGCUCUGCUCAUUGACUGAAGUUCCCUACAUCUCAGCUCAGCCAAGAAGCAAAGGUUGACACAUCUUCCUGAGCCAGGCCUUGCCAGAAGCACUGCAUGCAAACUUGACUGCGCACUAGGGCGCGCUAACUGGAACCGGCGUCAUGGACUUCGUCAUGAAGCAGGCCCUUGGAGGGGCCACCAAGGAUAUGGGGAAGAUGCUGGGAGGAGAGGAAGAGAAGGACCCAGACGCACAGAAGAAGGAGGAGGAGCGACAGGAGGCUCUGCGACAGCAGGAAGAGGAGCGUAAGGCCAAGCAUGCGCGCAUGGAGGCUGAGCGGGAGAAGGUCAGGCAGCAGAUCCGAGACAAGUAUGGGCUGAAGAAGAAGGAAGAGAAGGAGGCAGAGGAGAAGGCCGCCCUGGAGCAGCCCUGCGAGGGGAGCCUGACCCGGCCCAAGAAGGCUAUCCCUGCAGGCUGCGGGGAUGAAGAGGAGGAAGAGGAAGAGAGCAUCCUGGACACGGUGCUCAAGUAUCUCCCGGGGCCACUGCAGGACAUGUUCAAGAAGUAACCGGCCCUCCUGCCCUGUUCCCACUCCACUUGUUCUUUUUUUUUUUUUUUUUUUUGGUUCUUUCUUUUCUUUUUAUUCAGUUAAAUCUCAGUUUUGAAGGGGAAAACCUCAGUUGACCUCUGCCCCCCUUCCCCAGCCAGGGACUCCUCCCUCUCAGCACUCCCUCACACCCCCUCCAUCCUGGGGUAUCCAGCCCCCACCUCACUUCAAGUUGCUUGAAAAAGGGAACACAGCUUCCCCCCCGCUCCUAGUAGGGGGCGUUGAACCCAGUGUCAGAGGUACUGAGGGCCCCUCCGGAAGGAAGCCUAAGGUCUAUGCUAGUGUGGUAACCCCCAUACAUUCCUUCAUGCACCCCACUGCCAGGAGGACCAUUGUCCCAAGCCAGCCAAAGUAAUAACACAUUCCAACCCUGCCCAGCAUGCCGACCUUUGGCCUCUGACCCACAGUGGGCCUCCAGGUCAGGGCAGGGGUGUUGAGUGGCCUGGCUCUGAGGAAGGGAGUCAGGGUAAGCCUGCCCUGUGAGGGCCCAGCCUGAGAGGCCCUGCUAUAUUCUGGCCAGGCCUAGGUCUUGGCAGAAGGCUGGGGCUCUCCUUCUCUCCUUCCCCUGAGAUGACACCCAACCCAGGAUCACUCCUCUCCCAACCCCACCCGAAGAGGCAUAGCCCCUGCCAAGCCAGUCCCUCCAAAUGGAUCCUCUUUGGACUUUAACUCAUCUAUGGAGAGGACCCAGGGUAGAGCAGCCCCUUGUUUCCCCCUCUUCCACUUGGGUCCUGGGGCCCCACUGCCAGGCUGGGUCCAGUUUGCCCAGCCAAGGGGCUACCCAGGCCCCCCCAGAAAAUACUUGGAGCCAUUGGGCAGCGGUGGCCCAUGCCAUGGGACCCCACCAUUGGUACAGCCAAGCUGCCCCCAUUCCUAUUCACCCCUCUUCCCCACCCUAUCCUGUCCAUGUGCUUCCAGGGCACCAUGGUCCCCAGGAGGACCUUUGCUGGCCAAAGCCCCAAGGCUUUGGGGAGAAGCCAGUUCCCACUUGACAGAAGGCAUCUGUCCAUUCAUCUCAUUGGCCAAGAACAAAUUCUCCUUUGGGAUGUGUGAAAAUGACAUUUGUUCCCCCCCCACCCCAAACUGUCAAGGCCUCCUGCUCAGUCAGUUGUGUAAGAACUGGGGGGCCAAGGAGCAAAUGAGAGAGGAAAGUGUGUGUCUAUGCACACAUGAGUGUGUGUGGCAGAGACUGCAUCAGCAACUGUGUGUCCUAAGAUUGUACCUAUAGGUGUGUCGUUACAGUGUACAUAUGUCUUGAGAUUGUGUGUGUAUGUUAAUCACAUCCCUGUGUUAGAUAAGGAUCAUGUGUGGGAGGCAGCCUUGUGUACAUGGGCUUGUUUGAGGGGGUGUGUAUGAAUGGAGACUGUGUCGUGUCUGUUUUCUAGCCAUCUUGUAUGUGUGGUAGGGUUUGCACAUGUCAGCUUGGAACGUGUGUCUGGGGAGAAGGGUAUGUGUUAGAUGUGGUGGAAGUAUGUGUUUGAGAGAAUGUCAGAUGUGCUGAUACUGUCGUGCGCACAUGUGUGGCUCUGAAUAGGCAGUUGGGUGCAGAAUGCAUGCUGGGGGAGAAAAAACAUAGGUAAGAUGCCCCCCUCUUGGCCCCAAAACCAUUGGUCACAGGUGGCCACAUCCAACAGGAGACCUUGUCCUUGGCCUAGAGUCCUCCCACCCUUGGGGGGCUCCUGCCUGAGGUCCUCAGAAGCCCACUGGGACUGACCCUGGCAGAGCCCCAAGAAGCCAUGCUGGGCCCCCACCAGGGCCAACCCCAAAAGCAGGGCCCAGGGAAGAGGCGACUUGCCUGCCCCUGAAGCUCCUGCCCCAUUGACCCCAGUUUGCAUUCUGCAGGUUUUCCAUGUUAGUGGAUUUAUGCUUUUAUUUCAGAGAGAGACACGUGUCUUCUCUGUCCGUUUCCAAUAGUUAAAGCCAUAUCAGUUAGACUGCAAUACUUUAAAGACGAGACAAAACAAUCCAUAUGUUUAG